CACACCCUCAAGAUUGCUGCUAUUUUUUCCUACUCUUGUUUUCACUACAUUAUUUUAUCAUUUACAUUAUGGCGUUUCACAUAAUGUAAAAGUAAAACAUAUGUAACAUUCAGUUAGCUUUGUUUCUUCAGAACUUCAUACUUCAAAAAUAAUAUCAUCAAUCAGAGCAAACAACGGAACUAAGCAGGCUCGCAAACAGACACAACUUACAGCAAAAAGUUCGUAUUUCAUUCGUUUAUUCUCACAAUUGACUACUACUUCAUUCAUUUAUAGCACUUGCCAUACUUGAAGAAGCUACUAAAUUUAGUGAAAAAGAUAUUCAAGCAUGGCAUGCUGGUUUUUUUCGUGAUUGUCCGGAUGGACAACUUACUAAAGAAAUAUUUAUUCGUAUCUUCAAACGAUUUUAUGUUCACGAUAACAGAGCAGCUUGUUUCUGCAAAUAUGUAUUUGGAAUGUUCGAUAAAGAUAAUAGCGGUGCGCUAAAUUUCGUGGAAUUUCUUCUAGCUAUUUCUUCUAAAACUCAAGGUGAUUUAGAGAAACGACUAGAACUCGCAUUUGACAUGUACGAUGUUUCAGGUAAUGGAGAAAUAGAAUUGGAAGAAUUAACCAACUUGAUUAUAAGCAUGUAUGAUCUUGUAGGUGAAACUAAUCGUAAAGAUGAUAAUGACCCAAAAUCCCGCGCCAUCGAAAUCUUCAAGAAACUUGAUAUAAAUAACGAUAAGAAAUUAAGCAAAGAAGAGUUUAUAAAAGCAUGGGAAGAUAAUCCAGAUCUUGUUCACAUGCUCGCUCCACAAAUGUGA